AUGCCUAGAAGUUCCUCGUUCACUAAUGCAACAUUACCUCGUACUAAUACACUGACUGCUCGCACUUCCUUUACAGUAAUGAAUAACAAACCAUAGGGUAUUCCAGUAUCAAAAGAAGUCAAUGAUGAAAAGAUUAAAAGAAUGAGAGCAUACUAGUCUUUUCUAAGAAUUUAAGAGAAUGAAAAGAACAGUGGCGGAUUGCUAGAGGACUUUGGCAGUAGUGUCUUGAACAUUCUAAAACUGCCGUCUUAAAUUAAAAUGCCAUAGUUCAUGCAAGGUAACUCAAAUUCACAGUAGGCAAGUGGAAUGGCAUCUAAGAGAGAAUCUGAAAAAAAGAAAGUAAAAGACUCUGACUAAGAGAGUUCCAUUUAGCUAGUGUCUCAAAAGGAUAAAGAUGAAUCAAUAAUGAAGAAUUCAAGAGCAUCAGAAAUGUAGAUUAUUGUAGAUACUUCCAGAAUAAUUACCAUUCCAGAUGACUAUAACAGCAUGAGCAAUUAGAAAAGAUCAACUGUCACCCCUACCAAUUUCGUCUUAGGCUAGCAAGAAUUGUACCCCUCUAAAGAUAUAAUUAUAGAGCCUGUUAAAGAGGAUGAGAAAUUUGGUGUGUAUUUCGAGAAAGAUUUUAACUACUCUGAUUAUUUGGGCGACUUAAAUUUAAGAUAGAUUUAACAGAAUAAAAAUAAGACAGGUAGGUGGCUGCCACUCUAUCCAGAUAGCAAUUUUAAGAUCACUUGGGAUUUACUUGGAUUUGCUUUUAUCAUUUACUAAGCCAUGAUUAUCCCCUAUAGAUUUUGCUAUAAGUCAAAAGCCAAGGGCAAAUUUCUGUACUUUGAAACUGCUAUUGAUAUCUUCUUUAUGUUUGAUCUAGUUUUGAGUUUUGUAUCAGGGUAUUAUAAAAGAGGGCAUGUGAUAAUGAAAAGAGGAGUCAUUAUAAAGCACUACUUAAGAACAUGGUUUAUAAUUGAUAUUUUAGCUACCUUCCCCUAUAGUUGGAUCAUUAAGGACAAGCAUAUAGAGUAUUGGCCAGAAGAACAUGAAGAGGCUCCAGAUACCAGGGAGGAGUAUAAUCUUUUUUAAACUUAAAAAUUCGCUAUACUUGCUUAACUUCCACCUGUGUUUACCCCAACUUCAGCUACUGAUUUUGGACUUCCAGCAUUAUUAAGAUUGCUUAAACUAGUCAGGCUAAUCAGACUGUAUAAAAUGUUUUAAAUUUUCAAGCUAAGGAAGUUUGUUUACAGAUACGAAUGGUUUUUCUUUAAUGAUACUGUGACAGUACUAUCUGAUUUAUUUAAAGUCCUGAUAGCUGUUUUAUUUAUCUUGCAUUGGAUGUCUUGCAUAUUCUUUCUUAUCGCAGAUAUUGAGGAUGACUCUAAAGGCUAGGCUACAUGGCUACUCUUACUAAAUAAAGAUGACUUAAAGUCUGCUAUUGAUGUCUAUAUUGCUUCAAUAUCUUGGGCUUUCACUACUGUUGCAACUGUAGGUUAUGGUGAUAUCUAUGCAGUAACAGAAGUUGAGAAGGUUUUUGCGAUGCUGGCUAUGAUGAUAUCUUGUGGUAUAUUUGCAUAUAUUGUUGGUUUUCUCGGUGCUCUAUUUGACAGAAGCAAUUAAAUUGUUGGCGAAUAUCAAAAGAAGGUCAAGAGGUAUCUCAUCUACCUUAUGUAUAAUAAAAGAGAGAAUAAACUGGAGGAAAAUGAAGUCUUUGAUUUACUGUCAGACAAUCUUAAAUAAGAAUUAAUUAUUCACCUCAAUGGAAAAAUGCUGCACCAAAACCCACCUUUCAAUUUGUUUAAGCUUGAAUUCUUGCUUGAUAUUACUUUCAUUCUCAAAAGAGAGACCUUUACUAUCGAUGAACGUCUCUUUGAUGAGGAUGACACAGGAGAUCAUUUACAUUAUGUGACAAAGGGUCAUGUUAAUCUAACCUAGAGGAAAACUGCAACUUAUAUAAAGGAAAUAUCUUAUGAUACAUUCUUGGGUGAGUUGUCAUUUUUUACUGGCCUACCUCGUAAAGCCAGUGCCAAGUCAAAAAAUUUUACAGAAACUUUGACAUUAUUUAUGAAUGAUUUUAUGGAAGCGAUUCAAUACCAUCCAGAUUAGCUAGAAUAAUUUAGCAAACUAUAGUAACUCUGCCUUACAAGUGAAGAUUAUACUAUUCUUGGUGUGAGUUGCUACAUCUGCAAUAAAUUAGGUCACAUUUCAGUAGAUUGUUCUGAAUUCAGUACCAUUAAAGGCAAUCUUAGAGAAAUUGCUAUGGAAAAGAUGAAGUAAAAUGCACUUAAAAAGAAACUGGCUAAAGAAAAAUACACUAAGAAAGAGAAAAAGGAAAGAAAUGAGGAUAGUAUAGUCAGCUUUGAGGCUGAGUACAAUAACUCUUCUGAACUCCAAGAUAACAGCAUCACAGAAAUGUUCAACUAUCUUGAGAAGAGAUAUAAGAAAGAUGAAACCAUGAAUUCUCCAAAGCGAAGCAGAUAGGAGUAAAACAAAAUUUAGGAGAGCCCAUCUCCUUCAGGACAGGGGAAUUAAGAUACAUAGCAGAAAACUGCUAAGAUUAAUCAUCUUGCUUAGAUAGUUCCCUUAACUGAGUCCAGUUAUAUUCAAAAUUUAAAAAAUGAAAAGUUUUUGAAACCUGCAAACAUAGAUUAGAUUGAGGAAAACUCUAAUGAGGAGAGUGUUAUUUCUAGAGAAUCAUUAUUGAUGAGAUAGAGCAUUGAAUCUUAAAUAUCACUAAUCAAUAAACUUACAGAAAUACAGACUUUUGGUAGAUCCAGUGAGAGACCUCUAGGAGGAAAUGCAACGAGAAGUGGAGAAAAUUAGUUUGUGUUAAGAAGCCAAAGCGAGAUUAAUGUGGACUUUGGACUUGAUAAACUUAGGCAUAGUCGAGGAUAUUAGGGGCAAUCCAUAGCAAGGAAAAGGAAAAAUUAGGAUAUUGAACAGAUUGACGAAGAGGAAGAUGAUGAAAUGAUAAUGUAAAGAUCAAUCACAGAUUCUCCUAAAUAUCAAAAAGACAAAAAGCAUGUACUUUAGCCACUUGAAGAUUACAGAUAAGGAGGAUCCCUUUAAUAAUUACUCGAAAAUCAAUAAGAACUAGAAGAACUGAGAAAACAAAAGAAAGAAAAGAAAAAGAUACCAUUGCUAAUUGGGGAUGUAAAACACUCACAAAAGUUAAAAUCAAAGAAAAAAGUAGGUCAGAUCCCAAAGUAAUUUUAUGUGGAUCCUGAGCUUGUUUAAAACCUAAUCGAAGUAAAUGACUCUGCGGAGGAGCUGGAUAGCUCUAUCAAGAAAACUGAGAAAUAGACUAGAAAGAAGUGA